AUGCCCCGCAGACAUGAAAAAGUGAAGCAGACGCGCCUCAUGUUCGUACCUGUGGAGUCCUCAUCGCCGGCUGCAGAACGCAGUCCUGGAAGCUCGCCAUUUCGACCGGCAAAACUCAGAUAUGAAUAUCCCUCGAAGGGGCUCGUUCGCCGGGGACAGCUACAACUCGAGGACUUCUCCAUCGGCCGCAACCGGGCUGCGUCUUCGUCAACGAGCGCUUCUAGCGAUGAGCGACCAGGUUCGUCUGCUUUAAGGCAAACGUCUGAUACCUUGAACAAGACACCCAGGCCGGUCGAAACGUCCAGUCCGAUUUCCGACAACAGACACGCCGAAGAGAUAUCGUCGGAUGAUGAAGAUGCUGUUAAAGCACCUGCACGGCGGCGAAGGCGGAAUGUAGUUACUAGCGAGAUUGAGAGCGACAAUGAGUCGGAAUCUGCGUCUGCUAGCACACCUACGAGGAGACAACAAUCUAGUGACAGUGAAGCAUCAGAACAAAGAACUGAAACGUCGCGGAGGCCUUCAACGAGACGAUUACGGUCGCGUCGCGCCGUUCAAGAAGAAGACUCGGAGACAGAAAUCAGGUCCCUUCCCCAGACUAGAUCGGUUACUCGAGGACAGCAAAAUGGCACCGAAGCAUUAUCACCUACGAAACGUACAAAAUCUUCUGCCGUCGAUCUGUCAGGGCUAGCUUCUGCAGAAACAAGUGACGCAGAUGAACUGGUUACACGCCCUACUGGUCGCAAACGAAGAGCAGCUGAACCCAGCGCAACCUUCGUUGUUGACGAUGAUUCGGAUGACUCGGAUGAUGUAGUAGUUUCUUCACCUGCAAAACGACGACGGAGAGAAAAUGUUUCUGAGGAGCCUCGUACUCCGCGGAAGACCUCAGAACAGGACAGGCUUGACUUAGAGGAAGACCUCCGGGAUCUUCAGGAUUCUGCCGUCACCGAAACUCGCACACGAGGUCGCUUCGUGGAUUCUGUCAAAGCAAAGAGACAAAAACACUUGGAGAUACUACGCCGUAGACGGGCUGGCGAGAAAGUGAUAAGCAGUGCCGAGUCCGAAGAAAAUGGUGAAGAUGACUCGGAGAGUACAAGUGACAGUGAUCAUUCAUUCGUGAGAGAAGAACUGGGCCAAAGGAACCCAUUCUCGGAAGCUGAAGAUAGCGACGUCGAAUUAGACAUCCCAGCCAAUGAAGAUCUCGACCAAUACGAAAAGGACUUUGUCCUGGAAGAUAGCGAGGGUGAGCUGGGCGUACCCACAGAAGAGAUGCCCUUUGAGUUCACUCGGCAUAAGUACAAACCACUGAAAGCAUGCUUCCGAGAUGUGGUGGAAUGGAUGGUGCAUAACAAGCUCAACCCGGCCUUUGCUCGUUCCGAUGAGAUGUAUCAAUCAGCUUUUCGAAAGCUAGAUGACGAGGUGAAAGGUCGAACUGGCUCUCAGUUCAUCUCUGCCGUUUGGAAUGCCGACUUCCGUCGGGCGCUGUUGGCUCGGCCGCACAUAGAGAUCACGGCUUUUCCGACAACAGCAAACCAUCCUUGUGAUGCCUGCAAGAGGUCUGGUCACCCAGCGUCUUCUGACGUAAAACUCUAUGGCAAGCCCUAUUCGCUGGAGACACUUGAGCCGCUGGCCGACGAGGAGGACAGUGAUAACGACGGUCUGGACAGAGAUAGAGAUGGGCACGUUCUUCCGGACGAAGAUACUCAUUUCUUGUUGGGCAGGCAUUGCAAGGCCAAAGCAGAGAUGACGCACACGCUCAUCCACUGGCGGUAUCACCUGAACGAGUGGGUCACCGACUACCUCGAACGGAAGGGAUACUUCGAGGACUCCAAGGUGGUCGAGCGCAAUCAGUGGAGCCAGAAAAAGAAGAGCAGGAAGGUCGAUGGUGAGAUGGAUUCCAUCCAUCCAUACAGCACUGUCUGUCUGUCUAUCUAA